AACGGUAGGAUUGCUGGAGUAAAAAUCCGCUACUAGCUUAACCAGCUACCAAUGAUUUUAGACGAGCUGUGAGCUGUAGGUAAGGUGUGCGCGUGUUUUCGAAACCUUUUUUACUCUUAAAUGAAAAAAAUAUUUUCUCUACAUCCGAUCAGUGCUUGUAGAGAUGCUUGUUGGUCCAACCAACAUUAAUUUAAGGAGCUAACGUGAGUGUGGAAACAACUUCUACAAAGUGCUUGAUUUUCGAAAUACUGUUGGUCUUAACUGUUGUUAGAUACCGGAUACUACCUGGUGCAGUUGGUUAAAUAGUGGUCUAACUGGUGCUUAACCUCAGCUUAACCCACAACUUUUGAUCAUACGCUAACUGGCUAACUGAUGUACAUUAACAUUUCCUUUUGGGCUUUAAAAUAGCUAUGUGGUUAUUUGUGCUGUCAGAGACGUAGUUUGGUGAAAUAAGAGGCACAGCUUCUGUUUUGUUAACCAACAUCAGGUAGCCUUUAAUACUAGAAAGUCCAAGUCCACCAUCACCUAACGAUGCUAACAAGUUGUGUAGCUUCAACAGGUAAUGUUUGGCUGCAGAGUAACGGGAUGCACGCAGGUGCUCUCGUUUACGUUGAUUGGGUCUGUCUCAACAUGUAGCACGUGAGCGACUUAAAAUAACGAGCUGUGCUAGCUAGUGGGCUAACUGAGAACAUUUGGACCACUUUCCAUCUUCCUGUCUUCUCUUCGGUUUUGAUACAGUUGAACUAUUCAGGAAAAGGGACAGCUGACUGCAUCCACAUGUAGCAUCGCUACAGUGGUAAACAUACAGCUGCCAUGUUUAGCCAAGUGUUUGAGACUGAGUGAGAACAGGAGACAGCCACAGAAAGCUUAGUGAAAAAGGAGGUCAUUGUCACUGCAAAGUCCUAAUCUCAAGGCAGCAAACACGUGACCUUGGUGUAAUGCUGGCUUUCAUUCCUAAAUGUCACACAAAUUAAACUUAACCCUAACGAAGAUAUAAAAGCUGCUGCUUAGUACUGCACAAUAUUAGAUAAACCAUACAAGUAAGUAAUUUGUGUAGCACUUUUCACAGGAUAAAAACCACAAAGUGCUUCACAACAAGAGAGAUACCGCUCUAGAUGAUGUCUCUUCCACCAUACCAGUUUAUUUAUCGAGCACAUUUAAAAACUGCAUGUGAGCUGACCAAAACGCCUCACAGGUUAUAGUAAUCACACAAAUCCAACAAUUCAUUAGAACAAAGCAAGCCUUUAGCUAGAUGAGAGAAGGGGAGCGGACUUCUAAAAUAUCACAGAUGCAGCAUCACCUCACAGCACAAACUUUUUAAAGUCCAAAAUGUGAACAAUCUUUUCUAAUUCAGCUUUACACUCCAAGAUUUGCAGACUGUAGAUAUUUCUUAGCUGAAGUAAACAAAAUAUGUGUUUUAAUAAUACAUAUUCUGACUGUAUUUGUAACUUGAGAUAAAGCUAUAAUUUUUACUCAAGUUUGAUUUUUAUUAUCAAAACACUUAAUUGCAGUAUGGUGGAUUGUUGCUUCAUUUAUCAAAUGAUCAAUAAGAUGUGAUGCUCCAUAUAAAUAUUAUGAAUUAUCAAUCUGCUUGGUCUUUGAAUUUUUUAAUAUAAUAUUAACUUAGGUUUGGACUAUUCAGGGAAACACACACCAUAUUAUUUCAGACAGUCGAGGAAAUGGAAUUAAAUUCAUUUUAAUAAACUAUCUUCCUAAACUAGUGAUUAAACAUGACAAAUUAUGAAUGACAUGAUGGUUGUAGAAACAGACAAUGAAUUAAGUGAUGGAACGUAAGUUAGGUGUUUGUAGCAAAACCUUAAGUAUCUGAGAUCUUGUGAUGUCACGGUUCUAAAAUCAGUAUGACUGUAUGGUUUAAUAAGCUAUCGAUUAUUCAUGAAAAACCAUCCGACGCCAGUGUGCAGGUAUAUAAUACCGGUUUUGGACGGUCUCUCUCCGUGGUCAGGAGAAGAGGCAGCCAGAUUGAUGAUGACACUCACUGGAUGCAGUGGCUACUGGAAUCUCAGAGUCGCAGCUCUCUUUGAAUACAGAUAUCACCGGCCAUGAGAUGCUUGGGUCUGCUAGUUGGACGUUCCACGUCUGAGGAGCUGUAGUGUCUGGUACCACUCGCAAGCGUUGCAGAAAAGCUUUCACCUUGAGGUCAAAAGAGGAUGGUCCCAAGUGCUUGCUCACCCGGUCGGCCUAACCGAGUAAGCUGGCUGUGAACUCGUUAGCUCAUGAAGUGAACUCUAUUUUAUUAGCUACUCUUUACAAAUUUAAACAAAUCAGAAUUAAAACACUUUGAAUCUGAACAUAUUGUUUAUUCAACAAAAUAUGAUUAUAUAACACUUAUAAAAUUAUAUAGUCAUUUAUGAGCCAGGGAAAGUAGACUUUAUUCAAAGAGAAUAGAUGAGAAGUUCUGCGUCUUGUAUUUCUAUUGUGUACACUGAUACUGCUCUAACUAUUUACUAUAUAUAGUGCAGCCAUAGUACUGAGUACACACAGCACUGUGUAAAAGUCCUGAACACACUUUCCUACCUGUUACCUUCAAGUAACAGUCCUCUUCACCUUCCAAAGUUCUGGUUUUAUUUAUUAUUCACUUAUUUAUACCUUUUCACCACUUACCUACCUGUACCUGACCAUUUCAGAGGGUUUGCUAAACCAAACUUCUCAACUAAAUGCUUCAAGCAUGAAAAACUCCAGAACUCAAAACAUCAUUUUCUUCACUCUCAGUGCAGCACUUGGCAAAAAGACAGUUUUAUUAGUGUGUUGCUGUAUUACAGUAAUUAUGUUACAAAAAUUAGCUUGAAAAUUAGAAGCGCUGUAGGAUAUUUAGGUAACAGAGUUUGUUUGUUUAUUUAUUUAUUUUUAAAAGAAAACUUGCAGUUUGCUCAUCUGAGGUUUUAAACAUUUAAAGGAUUCUGUUCAUUAUCUUUAUGGACAGAAUUUCUAGGUGCAGCCGUGGUGUGGAGUGUGUCGAGUUUGGUGGCAGGAGAAUCUCGUCUCUGCUUUUUGCGGUUGAUGUGGUCCUCCUAGCUUCAUCCAGCUCUGACCUUCAGCUCUUGCUGGGUAGGUUCGCGGCCGAGUGGAUGGCUGCUUAUACUGAGCCAGGAUCCUCUGGAGGUUUCUUCCUGUUAAAAAGGAGUUUUCCUCUCCACAGUCGCUACAUGCUUGCUUAGUAUGAAGAUUGCUGUAAAGACUCUGACACUAGUCAGUGACUCGAUGCAACCUGCUGGGUUCCUUAUACAGGAAACUUUUUCUUGAUUUGGCUUAAUGAACUGUGGUCUCAUUUAUCAAACAUUGUGCAGAAUCCGUACUAAAACCGUACUUAAGCUCAGCUAAAACAUGUACUUACGCCAAGUAGGUUUGUGAUCCAUCAUACAUGGAAUACGCACAGCUGCACGCAAUCUCCGCUUCAUAAAUCAGAGACUAACGAGAAUGUUUCUCAGCUGCAUUUUAGUCACAUCCCGCCCUCACCACGCCCACUUUCUGCCAUAAAUAGACAAUGCAAAGUGCCUUGUGGAUCUCAUGCAUAUACAUAAGCCGGCUGUUGCAGCAUUUCAAUCACGACCGCAGGUCAAGGAAGCGCUACUUCACAAGCAGAAGUUGAGGUAUCUGUGGGUGAGGUGGAGAAAUGAAAGGAAGUGCUUUUGCAAAAUAAAUAAGAGAAAAUCCACGGAGUGGCACAGCGUUGCUGAAGCCGUCAAUGCUGAGUUCUUCAGAGAGAUCUGUAACUGAUAUAUAAAAAAAAAAAGGUCCAAUCCGGAUUUGAUCCCCAGACUCCCGGGUGAAAGUCACACGCGUUAACCAGUCAGCCAAACAGAGAUCCCUCCUGUACAAGUAGCCAGGGCGCAUGAUCAAUCGGGUCACAGUGACAGGACACACACUGUCACAGACGCAUGACAUUCUGUCUCAACCUGUCCUCCUGCUGAUAUUCAGCAUUCCGUAUUCUGCGCUUCAGGCUGUGUGUGUGUGUGUGCAGGUGCACAUGUGUGUGAGUGUGCGUGUGGGGGGUCUUGUUCUGUGUGAAAACGAAGCAGUACAAGUGAUAAUGCUGUAGGAUUUCAUCAUUUUAUCCUUCUCAGCAGCCAGGAAGCGUAAGCCAGGUCCUUAGUCAACUUAAAGUUGCACACAUUUUUCCGCUAAGUUUUCUUUCAUAAUCCCAAAGUUUGCGUGGAAAGUUGCUUACGCAGUUUUCUGACCCCGUUUUGUGCGUAAGCAAGCUUGAUAAAUGAGACCCCUGACCUGUAAUGGAGUGUUUACUGUGUGAAGGUCCUCGAGACGACUCUUGUCAUGAUUUAUGUAAAUAAACUUGAAUUGAACUUGAAUUAAAUUUAGAGCCCAAAUGACACAUUUCUGUCUUUCCAACUCUGAUCUGGCAACAGAAAAGUAAUUCUUAUAAUAAUUAUUAUUUCUAUAAUCAUAAUACUAAUUAAUUCUUGCCUGGACUGCAGUAGUACGCUACAGGAGAUCCUACAAGCAGAAAUCAAACAGUGAGAUGCAAAGUGAGGUGUACAGUAGGCCAAUAAAUAAUAAAAUCAGUUGCACACUGAGCUUCUCCUGCCUUUCAUGCAUGGACUUUAAUUCACUUGUCAGCAGCAAUAAUUAAGUACAAAUAAUGAUAAUUAGUUCAUUUAAAUGUUUGUUGUUAAUUGCAUCCUGCUGAGGCCAUUUCCUCUCCUCUGUGUUCUGAGCAAAGACAAGACUGUAGAAGUGGGUGGGGUGUAAAUUGGAAUUAGACGGGCCUUUAUUUUGAAAGGGCAGUCCUAAUCACAUCCACCCCUCUGCUGACCUCUCCUGCGGUGUUUAUUUGCACCAUCACCCCGCGGCCAAGUUUCUCGCUGCCGUGACUCAUCUGUUGGGCUAAUCUGUUGGCGGCGGGGUCGGCGGUGCCGUGUCUGGUCGGCGAGAGUGAAACUCUAUCUGAGAAGGUCAGAGGUGAGACCACCACAGCUUUAAAGUGUGCAGGCUGUAAAUAGCUUCUGAGCCUGGGAGCCGGGGGAUCAACAGGGUGUAAAUGAAAAGAGAGGGUGUGUUAUAAGAGAUUGUGUUUGGAUGUUCUUCAUCUGCUGGACCCGGUCUGUGUCCCCUGAUUUUAGCUAAGCUUCAGCCGGGAGGCUUUCAUGGAGGUCAUCAAGAAGGAGGAUGGUGGAGAAGAAAGCACUUCUGUCCCUGAGAGGGAGAUGACAAAGGAGGAAGCGUCCGAGCCCGUUGAAGGGGACGCCGUCCGGGGCUGCAGCACCAGACCCACGCCGCACCAGCGGGCCGUCGUCCACCAGGUGGCGUCUGCACCCAUGCCCGAUGACUGUGAGUUCUCCUUCUUUGACCCCAGCGAGGCGCAGUGCAAAGAGAUCCUUCAGGAUCCCAACACCACCAUCCCCGAGCUGUUCGCCGUCCUCAGGCAGUGGGUGCCCCAGGUUCAGAAGAACAUAGACGUCAUCGGCGUGGAGAUUCUGAGGAGAGGCUGCGGUGUGAACGAUCGGGACGGCCUGACCGACAUGACCCUGCUGCACUACUGCUGUAAGGCCGGAGCUCCGGGCAUCGGCGAUGCAGAGACGGCCGCCAGAUUUGCCUGCCAGCUCCUGGCCCUGGGUGCUGAUCCUAACCUCCGCUCACGCUGGACCAACAUGAGGGCUCUGCAUUACGCCGCCUACUUUGACGUUCCCCAGCUGGUCCGAUUGGUGCUGGAGGCGUCCCAGCCUGGAGAGGUUGAUGCCACCUGCAGUGAUUUUGACUUUGGCACGGCUCUGCACAUCUCUGCCUUCAACCUGUGCUCGUCAGCUGUCAGAUGUCUGCUGGAGCUCGGAGCCAACCCUGCUUUCAGAAAUGAAAAAGGACAAACUCCCGCAGACGUGGUUCCCGACCCCUUGGACAUGCCGUUGGAUAUGGCGGAUGCGGCCGCCGUGGCCAAAGAGCUGCGGGUUUUACUGAGGCGGGCUUUAGGACCUGGCUCGUCGCCACCCCUCACGCUGCAAGGCCAGCCCCUUCCGGCGCUGUCGGAGAAGGCCAGGACUCAGCUAUCCUCCAUGGGGGUCCGACUGGGGGAUCGUGUGAUGAUAGCCGGGCAGAAGAUCGGAACGCUGAGAUUCUGCGGCAGCACGGAGUUUUCCGGAGGCCUCUGGGCCGGAGUGGAGCUGGACAAACCGGAGGGGAAGAACGACGGCUCAGUGGCGGGCGUUCAGUACUUCACCUGUCCACUCAAACAUGGAAUUUUUGCUCCCGUGUCCAAGAUAAGUAAACCUUUGGAAAAACACAAACCGAGAAGCACGAAGACUCCUCUUCGGCCUACUCGCCGCGCUGAUCUGUCCCGCGUGACCUCCAGGAUCAACACCGGUGUCCUCUCCCGCUCCCUGUCCUCUUCGUCGUCUUCACUGGACUCUCAGCAUGGCCGGGGCGCCCGACCCCGCCCUCUACCGAGGCAGCGUCUCUCCACCAGGCAGCGCAGGGAGAAUAUUUCUCCUAAUCCCAGGACAACCCCGUCACCGGUGCUGCGCUCCUCGUCUCGCCCCACGGCUGCAGGUUUCAGGAGUAGAACCCCGUCGGGGAGCAGCUCGGUGUUUGACGGUUCUGAGGUCCGGCUGGGGGAGAGAGUGCUGGUGGCGGGAGAGAGAACCGGAGUGGUUCAGUUCUGUGGGAACACCAACUUUGCUCCUGGAGUCUGGUUGGGAGUUGAACUGGACAAGCCGAGUGGUAAAAACGACGGGUCUGUUGGAGGUGUGAGAUACUUCAGCUGCCCUCCCAAACAUGGCGUCUUUGCCCCCCCGUCGAGAGUUCAAAGGAUCCACGGUUCGGUGGAUUGCCUCUCAGAGCUCACCACGUCACGCCUCAGCCGUCCGCCCAGCGAAACGAUUCGCCGCAGCUUCAGCACGUCGUCGGCCAUUGCUGCUCCAAAGGAGAUGAGCAGGAGGAGCCCAGUCAGCAGAAGUCGCUCCAAUCCGCACCGCCGCCGCUGGAGCACCCUGAGUGGCAGCAGCGGCGGAUUUCCUGGGAACUCGUCCGGUUCCGGUCCGUCGCCCGGUUCUGAUGGACAGGUGCACCUCCGUGUGGGCAUGCAGGUGUUCCUGAGCAGCGCCAACGAGAUGGCCAUCAUCCGUUAUCUGGGAAAGGCGGACUUCGCUCCGGGCCUCUGGCUCGGCCUGGAGCUCCGGAGCCCGAAAGGGAAGAACGACGGCUCGGUGGGAGGCCGCCGCUACUUCAGCUGCCGACCCGGCUACGGCGUGCUGGUCCGACCCAGCCGCAUCACCUACCGCGGCAUCAACGGCUCGCGCCUGAUGAACGAAAGAAGCUGAAGGAGUUUUUUAUGAUUCCUGACAGGAAAACCAAACGCUGACCGGAGACGGAAAAGCACUUUAGAAGAUGAACUCUAAAAGAUUCCGUUUGGACAGAAUUCCUGACCAUCUGCACUAUUUCUAAACCCGAUUGCACUGACAGAACCUGAUUAGAUCGCCGUGUGAAAAGAAAGUUAAUUUAGAGCCUUUCAGUUCUGAUUUUAUCAGAUAAUUAUGAUUUACUUGUGUUUUUAGGGGGUUAGGGUCAGAAAAGAGAUGAUUGUUGAUUUUUGAUAGAUUUCAUCAAAACUGGAUUUGAAUCCAAUCAGUUAAUAAAAGACGAGUAAAGUUCUGCCAAACGUGAUCAGCCUGAUGUGCGAAUCAUCAGCUAGUGCUGAAGGUUAUUAAAGACGUUUUAAAUUGUGUUUCUGUGGAAAAGUUAUACAUUUUUAUCAUCACCCUUUGCUAGUAGCUUUGCCCUUUAGCUGGAAUUCAUUCACAUUUCUGCCAAAACAAUCAUAACUCCGCAGCCUUUAGUAGUGACCACUGCAGGACUCAAGGAACUUCCUGUAAUCCUUCACAAUAAGGGUCCCAAACACACUCGUGUCCCUUAAAGCACCUGAAAGUUAUUACAUAGUUUAUUAAAUAUAUUUUCUAGUGAAAUCAAGGUAUUUUACAGGCAGAGAUGUGCUAAGGUUCAUGUUUUUAAUGAUCAUCAGCGCAUCCAGAACCUCCUCUUUUCCUGCUCUUCAGCGGUGAUCAUACGCUGCUGUGGUUCAGGAAGCUUCCUGCUGGGGCUAAGAUGGUGAUUCUUUAUAAUUUUCUCAUAGAAACAUGUCACCUUUUGGCUGGGAUCACAAAUCAGAUGGUUAAAUUAUUUAAUAGGAGUCUGAAGGAUUUUUCCAUUAAAAAAAGGUGGUUUCUCCUUUAGUUUUGAAUUCAAAGUUUUGAACAUCAAGUCUGAAUUUAGGAAAAACAUCAAUAUCAAGUCUUCCUUUAUAAUCCUGCAGGGUUUGGCUGAAUUUUUCCCUCAGAGUGUCUAAUAAUUAAAGCUGCUUGUGACAGGAAAUACAUGUGACGACUCCGGCGUUUUCAGUUUCCUUCUGAUUGCAGCGUUUGAGCAGCAGAGAACAAGCCAUUGAUUGUGCAUGUGGAAAACAAGGCCACUACUCAGUAAAACCCUCGUGCUCCAUCCAAUUAGAGCGUGCAGGCCACAACAGUAGCUGCAGCAUCUCCAGUGGCCUUCUCUCAUUGAUCUGUUUUGGUCAGACCCACCCCCCCACGUGACGGCAGAGCUGAGCCCAAGGUUGUCUGAAACGUGUGCAACACAUGAUACAAAAACAAAGCAUCCAAAGUGAAAACACUCAUCAGAACUUCGUUUUUACUUUGAAAAUAACACCUCCUUCAUAUAGAAGCAUCUGUUUUGAGUCUGUGCGGCCUAAGGAGUCGCUCUAACAUAUUUAUACUAAAUAAAGCAUUCUGCUCCACUUUAA